AUGAAUGCUCAAAUUACCAAUCUUUUGAUCAUGCUUGUCAUGAUGCAAAUUUCAAGACGUUUGGAUAUGGAAAAUGAAACUACCAUCUUCUAUAUCAGAAUACUAUACUGUUCUUCUGUCGCAAUCGCUUGGAUCAUCUACUAUGUAACAAGAGUUAAAAUUGUACAAAAAAACGAUUUGACUACUUUGAAAUAUGUCGUACCAGCAAACCCAAUGUCAAAUGAAGGUGAAAAAUUAGAAACUACCACCGUUAAGGAUUACGAUUUAAAACAAAUCGAUUCUUCCAUUAAAUCUAUCUAUUCAGGUAUCGCAAUGAUGGGUUUCAUGCAUUUCUAUAUGAAAUAUACAAACCCAUUAUUCAUGCAAUCGAUCUCCCCUGUUAAAUCAGCUUUAGAAAGCAAUUUAGUUAAAAUUCACAUCUUCAACAAACCUGCUGUUGGCGAUUUGAAGAGACCAUUCAAAGCACCAUCCAUGUUUGGUGGGUUUGGUGGUUCAAAUGAUAACAAAACUGAUAAAAAAACUAUCGAAGAAGCUGAAAAAGCUGGCUUAGGUGGUGUCAAAGCUGAAUGA